UACUCAUCACUUGGCUUGCACAGACAAACCUACCAGAAGAAUCCUUUACUCUUCUUCUUCAAAUCUCUCUAUCUUCCUCUAGUAAUUAUGGUGACGAACUCCACAAUCAAAUUUCUCUGUAGCUAUGGCGGGAAGAUUUUACCUCGUUAUCCCGACGGUAAACUCCGUUAUAACGGCGGCCACACCCGCGUCCUCGCCGUCCCCCGCUCCAUCUCAUUUUCCGAGCUAGCGUCGAAGAUGGCUGAGAUGUGCGGAUCCGCCGUCACUAUACGGUGUCAGCUCCCGACGGAAGAUCUCGACGCGCUCGUGUCCAUCACGUGCGACGAAGAUCUAGCGAAUCUAAUCGAAGAGUACGACCUCGUUUCCUCCUCAGUGAAGAUCAGAGUCUUCCUUAACCCGCCGAGAUCUGCGAAAUCGACGGCAUCGCCUCCUCCGUUAGCUUUACCGUCGUCCACCACGUCAUCAUCUUCCUCCACUUCAUCGAGUCCUAGAUCUCCGUCGCUUUCAAAACCACCGCUACCUCCGUCGCCGCCGAGGUUAACGACGGUUAAGAAUCAGUGCUACGGUUGCUACGUCCACCACCGUAGUUCGAGAAAUAUGUACCUCGUCCACAACGGCAAUCACUGGCAAUAACCCCAAGCCACAAUCAUCAGAUGAAUAAAAAAACAAAAAUAAAUAUGAAAAAUCGCAUAUAUACUUAAAGAAAAAUCUUCGUUUUAUAAGUGUAAAAGAAAGAGAGAUAAAAAGAAGGUGUACGUGAUCUCUCUCUCUCUCUGUGACGAUGAUCGUCGCCAUUAAUGAAAUCAUCCUAAAAGCUUUUUUGUCUUGGUGACUUGGGUGAGUUCGUGUAAUUCAUUCUUCCUUUUCUCAAUUGCUUCCGGUUAACGUUAACCGUUCCGACAUAUGUCAUCCCCUGCCUUAUCUACUUUUCUGUUGCGUUAUUCUGAUUUUGUCGCACCGUCACCGUUUGGCGGAUGUCAUUACACCUGUUGUCCGUUUCCGUGAAUUACUUUUUUUUCUUUUAACAAACACUUUUUCUUAAGGUAUUUCUUUUUAUGGUUUACUUUUAAUUAAUAUAUAUUUUUUUUUAAACAUUUUUUUUUCUCGGUUUUUCCCACUUGCUUAUUUUUUUGUGUGGCUUAUAGGUUUUAAUGUUUUGUUGGUAUAUUAUAAUUUCUGUUGAACUAACAUCUUUAGUCACCCUUUGUCAUCUGCAGGUAAUCUCUACAAAAAAAUUCAAGCCAGAGGCGUAACCGGUAUACUCGUUUAUGGUAUGUAUUCAAAUUUUUAACUAAGAGGUAUGUAUUCUGACGUUUUUAUUUUCUCUGAUUUCUUUUAUGGGGUAGAUGAAAUUCGAAAAAAUGGGGAUAAGCCUGAGAGAAGACAAAAUCAUGUUUGGGAAUAAAAAGAGGAAGAUGUGAUAACGAAUGAUGAUAAGAUUCGAUUUUUAAUUAAAAUGGGUCCCGAAAUACAGCUGGUGCGGAGAAGGAAGUAUAAUACAUUAGUUUCCGAAAAUGAUGUUCGUUGGAUCUAGUUGAGUGGGAGAGGAGAAGACACCGAGUACGAUUUAAAUUGAGGAGGGAAUAAUGAUGACCUAAAAACAGGGACGUGAACUUGUAGAUAUUUUUAAGGCAAUGACUCUAUUAGGCAUUGUUUAGGAGCUAUUACGAGGUGGAAAUUAAUUAGGCUGUAUAACCCCAAAUUAGGCACCGUAUACAGAAUAUAGUGGAAUUAAUGAUGACUGCAGUGAUGGAUGGAUAAUCGCUAUACAUACUUUUAAAGACA